ACGCGCCACAUUCACAAAACUACAUAUUCACAUAGAAUAUAGUGGUUAGUUACACACAAUUAUUUAUACACACCUGUCUACAGAAUUGUGUCAGUAUGUACGGUGUAUAAUAUAUAGAUACACACACACACACACAUAUAAAUAUAUAUAUUUAUAUACUCACACGCAUACAUGAUAUCACAACUACUGAUUCCACUGCGGUAUUUACAAUUUAUUGGAGAGAAGGACUUACAGGAGAAGAUGCUAGCAGAUAUGUGGAACCAUAGACGGAAUUUAUUAAUGAAGAGUAGAGCAACAUCGACGCCUCCUCCACGUAUCAACUUGUUCAAUUAAAUUCUAACUGUUUUCUCUAUUAAUGUUAGAUGAGAUGAACGUAUAAUACACACUUCAAGCUAUGAACAACAUCACAAUAUCCUGUUCCUUUUUCUUUCUUUCUAUCUAAAUAUUUAAUCUGUGUGAACCACUUUUUAUUACUAUGAAUCUGUUGAAAACUAAACUAUACACAGCAUCUAUGCUCUGUGUGUGUAUAUAAAUAUACACAGUUAAAAGAGAUUAAGGUGUAUAUAUUUAUGUGUGUGCGUGUAAGAGCAAGACAGAAAGAUACCGUGUUCAUGAAUUCGUUAAUUGUUCCUACAUCAAAUAUAGCUAAAGAAGACAUGCCCUUGACGUGUUAAGUGCUGAAUUUUGGGAACCAGAUUUCAUUUCAAAUUGCUAAAAAUAAAUCGUGACACAAUGGACAUUUUAUCUCGAGUAAAUUCUGAAUUGGAUGAGGAAGAACAUUCUUAUGAAAACGAUCUUCAACUUGCAGCUGAGAUUGGCAAAGCUCUCCUAGAGAACAACAAAGAACUUGAAAGCCAGACUGUGCAUUUACAGACUAUUAAUGCCGAACAGGCACAGGAACUGGAUUUUUUAAACAAACAAUUGGAAGCUUUGCGUCAGGUGAAUGAAUCUAGAAUGCGCAUUUAUGAAGAACUAGACAAGAAUGUUCAGGAGCUGGAAAAAACAAAUCAAAGACUAGUCAUGGAUCACCGAGCUGACAAACAAAGAAUAGAAAGGUAAAUGGCAUUUUUUUG